AUGAACGAGUACUGGAAGGACUACAGCGGAGACGAUGAGUCUUUCUGGGAGCAUGAGUGGAACAAGCACGGAACUUGCAUAAACACCAUCGAACCGACCUGCUAUACCGACUACACCCCGCAAGAGGAAGUUGUCGACUACCUCCAAAAAGCCGUCGACCUGUUCAAGACGCUGGACACCUACAAAGCUCUUGCUGCCGCAAACAUCACCCCUUCCUCUAGUGCAACUUACACGCUAGACGAAAUCCACUCCGCCCUCUCAGACAUUCACGAUGGCUUUGCGCCGUAUGUUGGCUGUGAUGGCGACAAUCUGAACGAGGCCUGGUACUUCUACUAUGUCCGGGGUAACUUGAUUACGGGAGAUUUUGACCCUGCUGAGAAGCGUUAG